CAAUCCAUCAUGAAAAUUACGGAAGGCAUAGAGAAAAUGGGAGUAGUUCUUGGAGCUGCAAAGUCCGAGGUAAACGCCAACGCGGCAUCUUCACCAGACAGAACUUUGCCAAAGGACUCUCCUCCGAAAGCGAAAACACCCCCAAAGGCUGAUAAGGAAGCAAACAAGAACGCUCAGAAGCCAAAAGAACCAAAGCUGACGAAUCAAAGUGCGGAUGAGCAUAGUACCAUGAGCGCAGAGGAGAAGAAGGCUCAGCGAGCACAGAAAGCGGCUGAGAAGAAAGCUCGCGCUGAGGCUGCCGCAGCCAAAAAAGCAGCCGCCGCGCAAAAGGAUACUGCUGCUGGUUCAAAAGAGCAAAAGAAGAGGCCCGAUCAUGUGAAUAAUCAGAAACCGAAAGAAGUGAAAGGUGCUGCUGUUUCAGCAAAGGUGGAGAAUGGUGAAGUAAACCAUGCGCAGAAUGAGACAAAUAACCACGCUCCUGGAAAAUCUGCUCUUCGUAGCGAGAACAAACAUCAGACUGCGCGAGAAGUCAAAUUUGAUCUUUGUGCCAAUGUUGUCAAAUCACCUUCAGAUGAUAGUAUAGGAAGUGAUGUUCCUGUGGGACCAAUCUCCGAAUGUCCCGAUCCUCCCUCUACUGCUCACAUCCAUCCCGCCUUUCUUAAUUUAGCUGUUUGUUGCGAACAAGGAAUGAUCGAUGAAGUUGACUCAUUGUGUCAAAGUUUUAUUUCCGCCUUUAAAGAGGUGAGUUGUCAAUCGUGGUGGACU